UCUCUCUCUCUCUCUCAUUGCAUCCAUUUUUGUGCAUUUAAGAAAUCUCCAAGAAUUACCAACCUGGAGGAAAGCGAGCUGACCAGAGUGACAGAGGAGGGUUAAGGGCUCCAAACGACAACAAACAAGGACGGACCGGGGCCACCUUUUAUUCCAACAUGAGAAUAAAACCGUUCUAAAGGAUGGCAGCGAUGGGUUAGGCAGGAUUUAACAUGACUGCAAAAUAAAAGCCACUCUGUGUAAAAUAUGUCUGCUCCACAAGGGCCCCGGGGCGGCCCCGGCCCUGCCGCCGCCGCUGCUGCCUCAGCGGCCGGCGCCAUGCCGGAGAUGCCGGACCUCAGCCACCUCACCGAGGAGGAGAGGAAGAUCAUCCUCGGUGUCAUGGACCGACAGAAGAAGGAGGACGCGAAGGAACAGUCGAUGCUAAAGAUCAAAGAAGAACCAAAGCCUCAGCCGGCACAGUGGUUUCCCUUUAGUGGGAUCACUGAGCUGGUAAAUAACGUCCUUCAGCCCCAGCAAAAGUCCCAAAAUGACAAGGAGCCAGAGCCAGACGCGAAGUUGCACCAGCAGUUUGAAUCGUACAAGGACCAGGUUAAGAAGAUGGGGGAAGAGUCUAAGCCGACUCAGGAACAGAACAGCGAAGCCCCAACCUGCGGGAUAUGCCACAAAACCAAGUUUGCCGAUGGCUGUGGCCACCUCUGUUCAUAUUGCCAAACCAAAUUCUGUGCUCGGUGCGGAGGACGAGUGUCUCUGCGGUCAAAUAAGGAGGACAAAGUGGUUAUGUGGGUAUGCAACUUGUGCCGAAAACAACAAGAAAUCCUCACCAAAUCGGGGGCGUGGUUCUACGGCUCGGGGCCUGGUCAGGUGCUGUUUGAGGGUGGGCCGCAGGGCAAGAAGGCCAAACUGCAGGACCCAUCCCUGUACCCCUACCAGGGAGCCUCAGGGGACUUGACACCAGCGUCAGACAGAAGCAGACCUCACGGCGGACUCCUGCCCAGACAGUCGUCCCUUGACAACGGAUCGGGGCUGAGGUACGACACACCCAUAGACAGGAAACGAAGCCCAUCUGCAUCCAGGGAUCCAAACCAAAAAUACGACCAAAGGGAGGGGGGCGACCACUCGCAGUAUGCCCCGCCGGACGGCGGCAUGCCCAGAUCACCGUCUGACUAUGGGGAUGGGGACCCUCGGCGGGCUCCGCGGGGCCAUCACAUGUACCCAGACGCAGAUGCGGCACGGAUGGGUUACCGGGACCGGCGGGGCCCCGGACGCUGGCACUCCCAGGAAUACCCGCUGGACCAGGAGCUAGACGGACCACCCAGCGAGUAUGACCUCCAGCGGCAGCGGCAGGAGGAAUUCCAGACGCGCUAUCGCAGCGACCCCAACCUGGCGCGCUACCCUGUCAAGCCGCAGCCCUACGAGGAGCAGAUGAGGAUGCACGCCGAGGUGGGCCGCUUGCGGCACGAGCGCCGCCAUAGUGACGUCUCCCUGGCCUACACGGAGCAGGACGACCCAGGCCCCAUCCGGCUGUCCCGUCAGCAUCUCACCGAGCGCCGGCCGCCAAUGGCGGGACAGCGCUCCUACUCCGUCGACCGCUCCUCUCCUGGGCCCAUGGGUCCCGGCCUCGGAGGCCACAGAAGCUCCAACCACAGCCCCCCGACGCCUCACCGUAGCCCCGUGCUGGGUGACAGAUCUGGGGACUUGCGGAGAGGCGACAUGAGUGGAGGCGGGGAUCCCAUGAGGAGGCAGCAACACCACUUGGACCCCAAUUCAGCUCUCCGCAAGACCAAGAGGGAGAAGAUGGAGAGCAUGUUGAGGAAUGACUCUCUCAGCUCGGACCAGUCGGAGUCGGUGCGCCCGCCACCCCCCAAGCCCCACAAAACCAAAAAGGGAGGAAAGAUGCGGCAGGUGUCGCUGAGCAGCUCGGAGGAGGAGCUGGCUACCACACCGGAGUACACCAGCUGCGAGGACGUGGAGAUAGAGAGUGAGUCAGUCAGUGAAAAAGGGGACAGUCAAAGGGGAAAAAGAAAAACUAUUGAGCAGACAUUUAUGUCCGAGCCGACACACACCUUAUCUGAGAGGCAAAAGAAAAUGGUGCGCUUUGGGGGACACUCAUUUGAAGAGGACUUGGCAUGGUGUGAACCGCAGGUUAAAGACUCGGGAGUUGAUACGUGCAGUAGCACUACCCUAAACGAGGAGCAUAGCCAUAGUGAGAAGCACCCGGUGACGUGGCAGCCGUCCAAAGAUGGGGAUCGCCUAAUAGGGCGUAUUUUACUCAACAAGCGCAUGAAAGAUGGAAGCGUGCCUCGAGACUCAGGAGCUCUGCUUGGUCUGAAGGUGGUGGGAGGCAAGAUGACAGAAUCUGGUAGACUUUGUGCUUUUAUCACGAAAGUGAGGAAAGGAAGUCUAGCAGACACUGUUGGACACCUCAGACCAGGUGACCAGGUGCUGGAGUGGAAUGGGAAGCUUUUACAAGGAGCCACAUUUAAAGAAGUUUACAAUAUCAUUCUAGAUUCUAAGCCUGAGCCGCAGGUGGAGCUGGUGGUCUCACGGCCUAUAGGAGAUAUUCCAAGGAUACCAGACAGCACACAUGCACAACUGGAAUCAAGUUCGAGUUCUUUUGAGUCUCAGAAGAUGGAUCGCCCGUCCAUCUCCGUCACGUCCCCCAUGAGUCCCAGCAUGCUGAGGGACGCCCCCCAGUACCUGUCAGGACAGCUCUCAAGCCAAAGCCUUAGUAGAAGAACAACGCCUUUUACCCCUAGGGUCCAGGUCAAAUUGUGGUAUGACAAAGUGGGCCAUCAGCUAAUCGUCACCAUCCUGGGCGCCAAAGACCUGCCAGCCAGAGAAGACGGCCGGCCCAGGAACCCUUACGUCAAAAUCUACUUCCUCCCUGAUAGAAGUGACAAAAGCAAGAGGAGAACAAAAACGGUAAAGAAAUCCUUAGAGCCCAAAUGGAACCAGACCUUUAUGUAUUCGCCGGUGCACCGGCGGGAGUUUCGGGAGCGCAUGCUGGAGAUCACUUUGUGGGACCAAGCCAGGGUGAGGGAGGAGGAAAGCGAAUUCCUGGGAGAGAUCCUUAUUGAGCUGGAGACGGCUCUUUUGGAUGACGAGCCACACUGGUACAAGCUGCAAACCCACGAUGUGUCCUCCAUGCCGCUCCCACGUGCCUCCCCGAACACACAGCGCCGGCAGCUCCACGGAGAGAGUCCGACACGGAGGCUCCAGAACAAAGGCUCACAUGCAUACAACUCAGGAUCCCAGAGGAUAAGUGACAGCGAGAUCUCAGACUACGACUGUGAAGAUGGUGUUGGGGUAAUAACAGACUACCGGUCCAACGGCAGAGACUUCCAGAGCUCCACGUUGUCCGUCCCCGAGCAGGUGAUGUCGUCUAACCACUGCUCUCGGUCGGACGACAUUAACCGGGCGAGAUCGCGCUCUCCCAGCGUUCCCCCACCCUCCAGCAGAAGUCUGGACCCAGCCUUUGACCUUAGGCCUUCUCAGUACAGCUCCUCCACUAGAGUGGACCACCACAGUGUGUCCGAAGAUAACUACUCACCUGACAGCCGCAACCAUCGCGUGCAUCCGAUCUGCCGAGAGGAAGCAGUCAGGUUACUGCGUUCCACUAGGAUGGCCCGCGCCUAUUCAGAGGGCGCCUACUCCUCCGACUAUGACUACGAGAGGAACCACGGAGCCAUGGAUAGACACGAGUACCACAGCAGGUCCCGCUCUGCAGACCAGCGGCCCACUAUAGAGCGCCCCACAUCCCGCUCGCGCUCCACUGAACGCCCCCACGACUCUUCGCUCAUGAGGUCCAUGCCGUCUCUGCCAUCUGGGAGGUCCGCACCCCCCUCACCUGCCUUGACGAGGGCGCAUCCUCGUAGUGGAUCAGUCCAGACCAGUCCCACCAGUACCCCCAUGUCCAGUAGACGAGGACGGCAACUCCCACAGCUUCCACCCACGGGGAAAGAGAGAAAAGAUGGAGACGAAGGAACAGAGCCUUGUGAAGCGGUAACAGGGGAGGAGCUCGGGGCACCUGAACCCCAAACUGGUCGCCCAGGUAUGGACAUGGAGGAGAGGACCAGGCAGAUGAAGCUGAAGAUGAACAAGUACAAGCAGGGAGCGGGCUCCGACUCCAGGCUGGAGCAGGACUACCACAAGCGUUCGGGCAGAGAUCCACGGGGCUCAGAUAACCUGUCGGCCAAGUCCUCGGACAGUGAUGUAAGCGACGUGUCCGCUGUGUCGAGAACCAGUAGUGCCUCUCGGUUCAGCAGCACGAGCUACAUGUCUGUCCAAUCAGAAAGGCCGCAGGGAAACCGCAAAAUCCGCCAGUUGCGAUCAAGGAGCCAGUCUGGCGAGGGGGACGAGCAGUUAGAAGGGCUAGAGGCGGAGGGGAUGGGUGGGGGAGGACGAAGCGGAGAAGGGCGAAGGACUAGUAAAGAGGGAAGAUCACAGGAAGGGAGGAAGGGAUCAGGGGGGAAAGUAGACAGAGACAAGGAGCACCAGGAGGAUUUGGUGGAGAAAGAAGAGGACUUGCACCAGAGGAGUAUCUCAGAGACUGACCUCAGUGACUUUGCAUCCAAAAUGAAAAACAGGCAGAUGGGCUCGUCGGGCGGCGUGAACAUGACCAAGAGCACAAGCGUCAGCGGCGACAUGUGUAACCUGGAGAAGACGGACGGCAGCCAGUCGGACACGGCGGUCGGCACGGUAGGCACCGACGAGAAGAAGAGGCGCUCCAGCAUUGGUGCCAAAAUGCAGGCCAUGGUUGGCAUGUCGCGCAAGAGCCGGAGCACCUCUCAGCUCAGCCAAACAGAAGCGGGAGGUAAGAAGUUACGCAGCACGAUCCAGAGGAGUACGGAGACGGGCCUGGCGGUGGAGAUGAGGAGCAGGAUGACUCGGCAGGCCAGCCGGGAGUCCACAGACGGCAGCAUGAACAGCUACAGCUCCGAGGGAAAUCUCAUCUUCCCUAGUGUGAGGCUCUCCUCAGAAGCCCAGUUCAGUGACUUCCUGGACGGUCUGGGCCCCGCCCAGCUGGUCGGACGACAGACGUUGGCUACUCCACCUAUGGGUGACAUCCAGAUCGGUAUGGUGGACAAGAAAGGAGCACUGGAGGUGGAGAUUAUCCGAGCCCGUGGCCUUGUGGGAAAACAAAGUUCCAAGGCACUGCCAGCACCAUAUGUAAAGGUCUACCUAUUGGACAACGGAGUCUGCAUAGCCAAAAAGAAAACAAAAGUAGCAAGAAAAACCUUGGAUCCUCUUUACCAGCAGCAACUGCCGUUUGAGGAGAGUCCAGGAGGGAAGGUGUUACAGGUCAUCGUUUGGGGCGACUAUGGACGUAUGGACCAUAAAUCCUUCAUGGGAGCAGUUCAGAUACUGUUAGAUGAGCUGGACCUGUCCAACAUGGUGAUUGGCUGGUUUAAGCUCUUCCCUCCUUCAUCAUUGGUGGACCCUACUCUGGCCCCACUGACAAGAAGAGCUUCCCAAUCCUCGCUGGACAGUUUCUCUCGAUCAUAGCAGCGUGUGGACUGAUAGCGUUGUUGUAGCAGCCAGUGUUGCGAUUACAGGUCACGCCCCCCCCGGUUACACUGCAUGCUUGAUGUUGUGUCUUCUGAGCCUGUUUCUAGGGGGUGCAAACGUGAUCCUGUGUUUUGAGCAAGAACGUUGCGCACAUUGUGCACAUGGCAAAGCACCUGGCGGCCGGAAUUGCCCGGUGUUGUCUGUUGUUGUCUGGAGGAAGCUGGAAUGAACUCCUUAGCACGAGGAAUCCGUCAGUUCCAGGUUUUCAUCCGAUUCGAAGCCAUGGGGGUCAGUGCUGGGAACCGCAAAACGAGUUCUACAGAAGCCCUGUUUCGAAUGAAAAAUAAAUGUUUUGCUUUUAUGAUUGUUCUUUUUUUUUUCCAUCUUUUUUUUUCCUUCUUUUUUUACAUCAGUGUACUUGUAUCUGAAGGGGGGGGGUGACACUGUUUCUAUCCAGAUGCUUGGUCACGCCACGCCAACAGACCUAGCUGUGUAGAUUGGGGGAGUUUUGGAGACCAUCACUUUGGGUGAGGUGCGUCCCAACUUGAAUCCACACUCCCCUAGACCUCUAAAGAAAAUAGCCCACACUCUAGGCUUAUGUACUGAGUCACACCGUACUGGUGAGUCACCAGAAAGGUAAUCAGAGGCAAGAUAGAAGUGGCUACCAUCGACACGCCAGAAUCUACAGUAACAAUCCCAACCCCAUCAAAAGAUGUACAAUCUACCAUCAUUCUUUCUCUGUUGAUAUAUUGUAUGAAAAUUAAAUGAGAAAACAUAUUUUUUCCCCAUUUUAGUUCAUUUGCAUGGACAAAAAUUUAGCUGAAUUUAAAAAAAAAAAAAAAAAAGAAAGACAAUUAUUUUCUUGAGGCUGCAACUUGCAAAAAAAAGAUGAAGAAAAAUAAAACAGAUCAGCCAUUUUCAACAAUUUAUAUUAUUUUUAAAGAUAAAUUUCACUAGUGCAUGGUUUUCAAGGGGAGUGAAUGCAACGUCGUGAUUAAAAAAGAAGAAGACAUUGUUUAUCAUUCUUUAGACCAUUCAUGAGUCGGUGUUUUGCAGACAUGCAGAUAAGGCAAACUUAAAGGAAACUUUAACAGAAAAUGUUUAUGUGACAAAAAGUGAUAAUGAAAAUAAAUGUAAAUUAUUUAUUUCAAAAUAAUUUUAAAAGGCUCAUGCCUUAUAAAGAUAAAAAUUAUGUGCAAAUUGUACAUGUUUCUCUUUUUCUUCCUUGUCCCAGGGUACUUCAGGGUACUACUCAUUGCUACCAUUGUUCAGUCCCCUGAUAUUGUCCAGAUUUUCGGACUGUUGGUUAUUUUACAGUUCUGUAUUGUUUCAGGAUGUACUUUAUUUUGGAUUUGAUUUGUUUAACAAGCAUGUUGAAAAGGAUUUUCUGCAACAUGGCUUGGGCACACCUUACAGUAACUCAGCAUGUUUUGAUAAAGAUGAUAUUUGGAAUUUUUGCAGUUUCUUGUACAGUGCAUGUCAACUUCAUUACUUUUCUCCCUCACUUUCAAUUGAACUCUACAGCAAAUUAGUUAUUGGUCUUCUGCGGCCAAUUUAUUGACGUUUUAACAAAAACAUUCCACCCCCGAGAUCAUAUUUUCUUUCAGGUUUCUGAAAAAAAGUGACAAGGAAAAUGUUUUAUAUUUAAUGGAGGUUGACGAAACAGUCGCGACUGCAAGUGUAUUUUCUUUCAGUAUUGUUGACGAACAUGCAAAAAUAAUCUGUAUUGGUACAGCAAGAGGUCUAUACCUAAUCAAGAGGCAGCAAACAUGCAAGAGAUGUAUGUGGCUCAAUAUUACAGCCACUGUUUGUGAAAAUGAGCUAAUCACAAGUUCAAAUAACAAGGGAUAUUGCCACAGAAAAUGUUUUGUUUUUUCUUGUUUUAAUGAAAAUGAAAUUAAUUUUACUAUAUUUUUGUUAGUUUUAUUUAAAAGCCAAGACCAGUUUAUUUUUUAUUUUCUAUUUUUAGUAAUUAUAAAUGCCUCCCAUGUCUGGGAAGUAUGUGAAUCUUAUAGUUGCAGUAUGUCUGAAUGAAAUUAAACUGAGGCAUUAUUCCUAUUCCAGAUGACGAUAUUGCGUUUCAAUGUCCAAGAAAACCUUGUCGCUGUAACGAGCUAUGGUAUAUAUUUUAAUUUUCAUUGUAAAUACCUUUAGAUGUCAGAAUUUGAAUAAACAAGCUACCAUGAAUAGAUUGAUAGACUCUUUUGGAACAGGAAAAUUGCCUCACAUGAUGACAAAGACAUAUGUUAUUUAUCCUUUUGAAUGCCUUUUCAUUUUUCUCUUUUUUGGUGCAAUGUGUUAAUGCCAAGGCUAUGUCUUGGUUGAGUAUGGUUGAGUACAGAGAUUUAUGUAAGUUAUUUUUCAAAUUAAAAAUAAAAAAAAUUGAUAUCACACUGAU